CCGUGCACGCCGCACGGAGGAGAUCGGGGAUCUCGGUCUCCCUCUCUCUCUCUCUCGGCGCGUCGGUCGCGGAGGACACAGGUCACACGAGUCACGGAGCCCCGUACUACUCGCCUUCCUCCUCCUCAACCCAAACCCCAUCCCGUCCUCCUCGCGUGUCAGGCAACGCAGAGACGAAACCCACGAGACGUGUUCGUUCCUGCUCGGUCUCUGAUCAGUUUGCUUUGGGCGUGGUCUUCCUCGAGUCCCCCACAUUUCUUCCUCCCCUCCGUACGGAUACACACACUCUUUCUCUCUCGUGACUGAUCCGACUCCGCCGCCGCCGCCGCCGCCGCCGCCGCCGCCGCCGUCUGCUGCUGCUGCGGGGGGUGGGAGGAGAUGAAGCCGAAGAGCCUCCCGUUCAUCGCCUUCGAGCACAAGCGGGAUGCCUAUGGCUUCGCAGUUCGGCCCCAACACUUGCAGCGUUACAAGGAGUAUGCAGGCAUCUACAAGGAGGAGGAAGAGGAGAGAUCCGAUAGAUGGAAGAAUUUUCUGGAGAGGCAGUCAGAACCAUCGGGACAGGAAGAGAAGGGUGAAGCUGCCGGGCGUGUUGUGGAUAGCAGUGGAAUUGGCGGUUCUUCGUUGCUGCAGGAGAAGAUUGUGCAAGGACCACACAAGAUCGAGAUAUGGAAGCCAAUCAGACCAUCCCUGGGCAACAUAGAGCAGAUCAUGAGUGUACGUGUCGAGGAGAAGCAAUCACCUGCUUCUGGCAAUCAGGACACGAAGGAUGUCAUCCAUCCGGUGAAGGUUCAAGAGGGCAAGUUAUCUGAGGAUUCAGAUGAUGAGUUCUAUGAUGUAGACAAGGUUGAGACUAGUCAAGAAAUGCAUUCAAGUGAUAGUGCGAAUACUGGCAUUGACAACAGGGGUCAAGAGGAAAAUUUUCCUUCGAUGGAAGAGUUGGAGUGUCUAGUCCAUGGUGGACUGCCAAUGGCUUUGAGAGGAGAGCUAUGGCAAGCUUUUGUUGGCAUUGGAGUGCGUAGGGUAAAAGGGUACUAUGAUAGUCUCCUUGUGGCAGAAGGUGAACUAGAAGAUACCAGUGGUUCGCGUUCUUCAACCUCGGAUGUUGCCGGGGAAAAUACUGAAGUAUCUUCUGAAAAGUGGAAAGGGCAAAUAGAGAAGGACUUGCCUAGAACUUUUCCAGGUCAUCCUGCUUUAGACGAGGAUGGAAGAAAUGCUUUGAGACGUUUGCUUCUAGCUUAUGCUAGACACAAUCCAGCAGUUGGUUACUGCCAGGCAAUGAACUUCUUUGCUGGUCUCUUACUUCUAUUGAUGCCAGAAGAGAAUGCAUUUUGGACAUUGGUAGGAAUUAUCGACGACUAUUUUGAUGGAUACUUUUCUGAAGAAAUGAUUGAGUCGCAGGUGGAUCAGCUUGUUUUAGAGGAGUUGGUACGAGAAAAAUUCCCAAAACUAGCAAAUCACCUGGAUUACCUUGGUCUUCAAGUUGCAUGGGUUACUGGACCAUGGUUCCUAUCCAUUUUCACCAAUGUGCUUCCUUGGGAGAGUGUUCUCCGUGUCUGGGAUGUCCUUCUGUUUGAUGGGAAUCGUGUGAUGCUAUUCCGGACAGCUCUUGCACUACUUGAGUUUUAUGGUCCUGCACUUGUGACCACAAAAGAUGCCGGUGAUGCAGUUACACUUUUGCAGUCUUUAGCUGGCUCCACUUUUGACAGCAGCCAGCUUGUCUUGACAGCUCGCAUGGGAUAUCAGUCUGUAGAUGAAACAGGAUUGCAAGAGUUAAGGAAUAAGCAUCGGCCAUCUGUUCUAUCUUCAAUGGAAGAAAGAGCAAAAGGUCUAGGUGCCUUGGACACCAACGGUCUUGCAUCAAAGCUCUAUAAUUUCAAACAUGAUCCUGAACCACUGGUGUCAAUAAGUGAUUCGCAAGAUCAGAUGAGUGAUGUGGGAGAUGGGAAUGCCAACCAAAGUGAUUCUGGAAAUAUGGAUGAUAUGUAUGGCGGUCUGACAGUCAGUUCUGAGAUUGAAGCUUUACCGGACCCAAAGGACCAGAUCUCUUGGCUGAAGUUUGAAUUAUGCCGAUUGCUAGAGGAGAGAAGGUCAGCUGUUCUCAGAGCUGAUGAACUAGAGACGGCAUUGAUGGAAAUGGUCAAGCAAGAUAAUAGGCGGCAAUUAAGUGCAAAGGUUGAGCAGUCGGAACAAGAAUUGUCUGAACUAAGACAAACCCUAUUGGAUAAGCAGGAACAAGAGCAAGCAAUGUGUCAGGUACUGUUGCGAGUGGAACAAGAACUGAAAAUUGCAGAGGAAGCACGCAUCUCUGCUGAGCAGGAUGCCGCAGCUCAGAGAUACGCUGUUAAUGUGCUGCAGGAAAAGUAUGAGGAAGCUAUGGCUUCACUCGCGAAAAUGGAGAACAGGGCUGUAAUGGCAGAGACAAUGUUGGAGGCCACACUGCAGUAUCAAACUAGCCAGCAGAAAGCUCUUCUUUCCCCCUUGCCUUCUCCAAGAACAUCCAUGAUAGACGCAUCCCCUGGUCGAGCAAACCAUGAUUCAUCACAGGAGUUCCAGCCCAAAAAAAUAAACUUGCUCUCACCAUUUUCACUGAGUUGGCGCGAUAAGAACAAGGGAAAGCAGAACAAUGUUGAUGACAGUGCCAAGCUUACUGAUGCACAUGAUCAAAGGGAAGAAAUAACCAACAACAAUGACGAGAAGCAGGUAGAAACACCAAAACUGGAUGUGCUAGAAGAGUCUAUGGGUUCACCCAAAGAAGAUAACAAGUCGAGAGUAGAGGUGCCAAAGGAAGACAGCGAUUUGGCAAGCGUCCAAGUAGUCGCAAAUGAUAUGAAUGGGCAGCAUGAACAGUUGCAAGAAAUAAAACUGGAUUGAACAGUUGCAAGAAAUCACAAACCAACCUUUUGCAUAUAUCUUCACCACUAUGGUAUUCUUUUAUCUGAUCUUACCAUGGUUGUCGAGAGAGUUAAACCUGGAGGGCUUCAAGGUUCGAACACGAUCAUUGCUGUACCUAUUUUUUGCUCUGUCCCCUUCUUUUUAAUUGUUUCCUUUUUUUUUUUUAUCAUUGCCACUCUUGUAGGUCUAUAGGUUACUUUUUCUCUCCAUUAUUACUCGAGAAGAGAAAAAAAGGGCGAAAGUUAUCUGGUUGUCCAUUAGUUAACUUUCGAUGUAAAUGCAUCAGGGGAAAUUACCAAAUGUAGAAACACACUUUGCAAUUAUGGUAUGCUUGUUUGUGAAUCGUCAUUUCCGCUA